AUGUCCAAUACCCUAAAUACGCAGGACCUCCCACCCGAAGGAGGAUUUCCCUCUGUUCGCUACCAGCGAAACCUUCCCAAGAGAGGCCCGAGUGGGUCUGUGCUAUUGUUGGGAGUUACUUUGAUAUCAGCAUAUGGACUUUACAGACUAGGGCAGACGAAUCUGGAGAGGAGAAACAUACCAACGUCUAAACUCUUCUACCGCGACAGAGAACUUGACAGAGAGAAAUACUGGUCACGCAUCCACCUUAUUCCUCUCCUCCAAGCAGAAAUGGAUCGUGAUCUUUAUCGACGCACGCUUGCAACUCAAGCACGCGAACAAGAAGUUAUGAGCGAUGUGCCUGGAUGGAAAGUAGGCGAGAAGGUAUAUCAUACUAAGCGAUACGUCAAACCAACAGUUGUUGUUAUCGACGAGUAG